UGAGCUAUGACGUGCGCGCAAAGCGGAAGAGAACGCGGCAGUGUGAUGAGGAGAAUCACACAUGAAAGAGUUAUCAUUAAUGAUCCGACUUUAAUGAAAUGAUCAGAUUUAAUCUGUCAGGAUGCCGCUGUUUACUCAGAAUAAGCGAAUAGAGCGCGUGAACUCAACCGCGGAGCUCUUCAGCAAAUACCCGCAGCUGAAGGAAAGUGCGAAGCAGUUUGUGUCCAGAAGUCCAGAGGCUGUGGACACUAAACAGCUCCUGUACAUCCAGCAGCGGGAGUUUGCAGCGACCACACCAGCGGACAAUUCAGUCUCUAUCCUGGGAUCCGAUGACGCUACAACAUGCCACUUAGUGGUGCUUCGACACACAGGCAGCGGAGCGACGUGUCUGGCUCACUGUGAUGGCUCCAGCACAUGGACUGAAGUUCCUCUGAUCGUCAAUGCUGUCACUUCUAGAAGCAGUCCAGUGAAAGAGGGCAGACUAGAGCUGCAUCUGGUCGGUGGUUUUGAUGAUGACCGAAGGACCUCACACUCACUCAGCCUUAGUAUUCUGGCUGCCUUUCAGAAGCAGAAGGAAGAGAUUCACCUGGAGACGUGCUGCAUCACAGACAUGAAUGACGUCAUCAAAGACGGGAUUCAUCGGCCCGUGGUGUAUGGGAUAGGUGUGAACGUUAAAACUGGUCACGUGUUUCCAGCUUCGUUCUCCUGUCGAGGACCAGCCGAGGAGCUCCGAUCCGCUCGCUCCUUCUCUGGUGGACAGAUGGUGGAAGUGUAUGACUCCAGCAGAGAGCUGGUGAAGAUCGACCCGUGCAGAUGGACACCAAACAAAGACAUGUCCUUCUGGCUGUCCCAAGAUGAUGAAACUAUCCUACAGUAUUUGUCCACGUCUCCGCAUGCAGAGCCUCCUCACUUCGUGCAUCACAUCAAAUCCACCAUCCGGUUUCUUCUGGACCAUCCGACCGCAGAUGGGCUGUUUCCAGCCGGUCAGCCGCAGCUGUACCGCCGCGCCGAGGACGGCCGCUGGAAGAGAGCCUAAACGCUGACCUCUGACCCCCACUGUAACCCAACUAAAGGCCUUCGACGUCUGCUGUUUAAAGUAGAAGCUCCUUUACACUGAUCUGAACCGAAACAGUGUCUAAAGAGUGACUUCUGCUCCGAGUGAAAUAUCGGAUUAUGGCUUUCAUGAACACAUAGAAACAAGAGUCUAUGAACUAUUUCUUAUUUUUGUUUCAUAUUUGUUAUGUAUGUCAAUGCGAUUGUGUAUAUGGAUCAUAAAAUGUGUUCUUUUAUUUUCAAGAUGUUUUUUUUUUCCCUAACAUCUAGCUGCAUCUUAUUUGCUCACCAAACAUUCAUUCUGGAAACCGUAAAUAAAGUUGUGAUUCUUGGACUAGGAAUGAGAGAAUAAAAAUUCUGUUUGUCAGUGGAAA